UCCAAGGUUCGUCAAUAUCCCACAGGAGAGAAUUGGUAUCCAGGCUAACCUAGGACAUUGAUAAAUCUGUCGUAACGAGUCGCAGUUAAGACAGGAGUUAGAAUACGAAGUUAUUUCUCUUGGGUAUUGUAUAGGAACUCCCAAACGACUUUCAGCUAUAUGUGUUUUAUCCCGAUAUGCCUCCAAGGGGGCAUGUCUUAGAAGCACCAUUUCUUAGUAUCGCUUCUUCAAUUAUCCCUAGCUCGAGGAGCUAGAUUAACUUAACUAUGUUUUCUGGUAUCAUUUCAAGGGGAGGCAAGAGAUUUACGAGUCAAAUAGUUACUGAUCGACGAGACUUUAUUGUCGUUGUAGUUCACUCCCUAACCAUGGGCAUUCCAACCCCAGCCAUACUAUCUACAUUGACAUCGGAGGCUGAAAAUAGCUCCUUUCCCUUUCCUUACGAAAUAUUGAAUUCAAAUAUCCCAGGAAUACGCCUUCCUUUCCUUUUUAAUUGAUCACACUUUCUACGCUCCUUCAUAUCCUUUCUUUACACAACUUUAUCAUACAUUUCACUUGAGAUACUUCACUUAUAUUGAUGCUUAUGAAUAAGGCAACCAACCGAAUGCCAAUUCAGUAUGGCGCCGUCAUAUCAAUCUAGAAUCAAAGCUGCGGCUUGUCUAUUAGCCUCAUCUACCCUCACCAACGCCCAAGCCUUUUACUACGAAGAUAUCUUACAAUCCUGCAAGCCCGAAUACGCAUUCCAAGAACUCGGCUGCUACACCUCUUCCUCACCACCGUUUCCUUUCGCCCCGCAAGCCUGGGUCCCGAACCAAGACCUGUCGUUCGCAUAUAUCCAAUACAAUAGGGGCGACCACAUCAAUACUACUGUAACACCCGCUCACUGUUCUAAUGCGUGCCGAGUGCAUGGCUACAAGUACGCGGGACUAUGGAAUCAACAAUGCUUUUGCGGAAGCACAUUAGCAUUUACGAAGACGGACGGAAAGGCGGUCGCGCUGGGAACGACGAGUGCGUCAGCCUGUGCGAACACUGCUGAUCCGUGUCCUGGGGAUAGGAGGGAGAGUUGCGGUACCAAUGCCGCAGCACGAAUCUUCGUUGAUCCUUCAUUUAGUGAUGUAUUAAGCACCACACCCGCAGCCUCGCUUGUAAGCGGGUAUGGGCUAUUGGGAUGUUUCCAAGGCCUUAGUCUCCCAUCUGGGGAUUCAUUCAUUACUUCUCCAAGCAUGGUCUUUACGAGUAGCAAUGGGUGCCUGUCCUACUGCGCCGACUUGGGAUUACCGUAUGCAUACAUGAGUUCGGAUUCUAUUAGUGGUACUCCGAGUAUCCAAUGUUUCUGUGGCGCAGCUUUCGGUAACAACGCUCAAUCCAUCGCCGUCACAACCAGCGAUAUCAGUUGCUAUAAAUCCUGUGGCAACAUCGACCAAGCCUGUUCAGCGCAAGAUUGCUGCGGAAGCAGGGGCGGGCCGUUCCCGGUAUACGCAAACCCGAAUUUGAUGGGCUGUUACAUCCCCCGGAUUCCCGAAUCCCUAGACUCUUCUAUCGCCGCUCCAGUGAGCGCGGAAUACAGCUGCUUCGCGACACUCUCGAGCAUCGCAAACCGUCCCACGGCCGCAUGGUCAAGCUACGGCCCACCGAUUUCCCGCACCGCAACUUUCGUCGCGACCGCCCAACCUGCGGCGACUCCGUAUGUCCUAUACGGAUGUUUCUCGCGGUCCAGUCUCGCGGAGGUACUCCCCUCCGCACAACAGGUCGAGAGUUUUUCCUCUACCGAAGUCUCAGUUGACUCAUGCAUUGCAUACUGUGACAUCAAUAGCUUCCGCUGGGCGGCGCUUGUUGGUUUGCCCACGGUUGCAUGUCACUGCUCGAAUGGAGAUAUUGUAUCCCCCACGGGUGAGAUUGAGAAUAUGCAAGAUUGUAACCAGCCAUGCCCCGGAUCUGAUACGCAGAAUUGCGGUGGUGCGGGGCCGCUUGUGUAUGGUGUUGCGAAGGGGACGGGACCUUGGGAGAAGUCUUGGAGUCAGGCGUAUGCUGUUACGCCGACGUAUUCCUGCUGCGAUGAAUCCACCACGAGUUACACAACAACCGGGACCUCUAGCUCAAUUCCAAUAGCUGAAACCACUACAUCAACCAUCGCAACAUCUAGUAGCUCCACGAUAUCAAGUACUUUAACAUCAACAGUCUCCUUAACAACAACGACAACCUCGCCCCAAACAACGACAACCGCCGCCACCACAUCAACACCUACCCCCAUUUCACCCACUACUUCCACAUCCCCGUCAGGCAUCCCAGGUAUCAUCGACAUACCGGGUACAUCCAUAAUCCUCUCCAUCAUCCCCACCCCCAACUCCGCCAACACCAAAUCCAGCAUAUUCAUCGGCCCCGGAAAUCCCAACACCUGCACGCGCGCCACACCCUUCCACCUAAAAUCCGGUCAACUAUCCAACAGCGCCGACGGACAAUUCAUCUCCACCAAAAAAGACAUAUCAUUCCAACCUUUCUCCGCAUCAUCACGUCAAGGUCCCAUCGCGACAACCUUUAGUGUAGUCAAUGGCCGAUUACACUGGUAUGAUAGCGCGUUUUACCAGGGUCGGGCGCGGUACUGUCGUGUCGCGUCUUCGGGACAGGUUUAUAUCGUAUUUCAUAUUGAUAAGACUUGGCCUGAUAGAUGCGAGGAGGUUGAUAUUGCCGUGCAUCUCGCUUCGCGAUGUCAAGGUGGUGAGAUUGUGCCUGGUGAGUUCGUGUUACCUAGCGCUGAGGCCGGUGCGACGGGCACUGCGAGCAGUGGUAGCGGUGGUGUUUCGAGGGAGGAGUUGUGAAGAAAUCGAUAUGCAAGUAUACUUGUAUGGAUGAUAUCUCGCUGCGCAGACUGUCAGAGGAAGUAUGACUGGUUGGGCGGGCUCCAGCCAUUGCAUAGAUUCAUACCCGACAGAUUGACGGAUGCACAGAAAUAAGGGAGUGACGGGAGGCAUCAACAGCAUCAUGAGAUACCACGCAUAAUUAUAAAUUUAUAUUUCAUUCGCCCCGUUCCUUGCAUCUUUACGUAUCAUGCAUCUUCCUUUUUGCUGUUGUCUGACUUUCUACGGUAUGUUUAAGC